UCUUUUUUCUCUUCUGGUCUAUCAGGUACAGUUUCCAUUUGAAGAAUACGUGUAAAAUAACUGGAUUUCGUUGUACCAGAUGCUGUCUGUUUUGUUUUCACUGGUUUUUCUUCUGAUUGUACAUCUUUAUCAACAGUUUUACAAAUACAUUGUAUCUUUUUAUCACAUUUAACAGAUUUUGGUAAAUUAUCAUCUGUUUGUGUGGUUUCAGUUAUUGAGGUCAUUAGUUUGCCUUUUUUGAUGUUUCUACCUGUCCACCAACUUCGAAUGAAGAUACUUGUAGUUUUUUAUUUUUCACUUGUACAUGUGAUGCUUUAGUUUCAAUCGGUCGAGUCUCUUGAGUCUCUGCAUCGACUGUAUCACUUGAUUUGAUAAGAUUACUCACUUGAAUUGCAACGCUUGUAGAUAAAUAAGGGGAUAAUCAUGAUGAUAUGGUUUUUCAUCUGCUACAGUUUGACAUGAAAUUUCUUUGAGUGUAGAAAAUGAAGAACCAUAUUGCAAUUUUUUCUCAAAUUGUUGAGCAGUUAUUUUCACUUGACAUUCUUGAUCUAUUUUUAUCUUUGGUAUUAUUUGUGAAGUAUUUUCAAUAUUGGAAAUUGAAGAAUGAAUCAUAUAUGGAUGUACUGAUGGUGAAGUGGCUGUCUUAUCAACCUGUUUCAUACCAACAUCUUGAUAUUCAUGUGUUACGGUCUGUGUUUCUGAAGAAAUCAUAUUUGUUGCAAAAGGUCUUGGUGAUGAUGAAGAGAUUAGAUUUACUUGGAAUUUCUUGUUUCGUUGAUCUGGGCGUUGUAUAUGAAAUGAAGAUCAAAGACCAAAUGAACACAUAUCGAUUUGUGACCUUCUCUAGAAGCCACACUUAUUUUAUAUGGUUUGUUAACGCCACAUGGUAUCAAGCUAAAAUCCAAUAGUCAGUAUUGUAUAUAUUUAACCACUUUUCAGUGGAAGUUCAUUAUCACCUAUAAUCAAGGAUGCAUGUCAUCACCAUCACAACAACCAUCAUGACUUUUAACCUGCUUGAUAAAUCUC